UGCAGACCCCACUUCAAAACGCCCCAAGAAUCUAUUUUUAGACUGGGGUACCUGUACCCAGUCCUUUUUGCCUUCCUCCGUAUCUUUUAAACUAUGCACGUUAUAAACCCGAUAUUUAGUUUCCUGGCGUAAUUUGACAUGCUGAUUAAGAUGAGAUGCAGACCCUACUUCAAGAAUGCCCCCAAAACUAUUUUUAGACUGGGGUACCUGUACCCAGUCCUUUUUGGCCUCUCUCCAUAUCUUUUAAACUAUACAAGAUAUAAAUAUGAAAUUUAGUUUUCUGGCGUAAGUUUAAAUGCUGAUUAAGAUGGGAUGCAGACCCCAUUUGAAAAACCCUCAAAAGUUAUUUUUAGACUAGGGUACCUGUACCCAGUCCCCCAUUAGGUUACCAAGUUACAAUACGAGAAAGGAUUUCGUCUUGGCUUUACUCUACAUCUCUUCAAUCCUACAAGAAAUAAACGAGAAAGGUUCGUUUUAACACAUAAAAUUAAAUACUGAAUACAACAUAAAAUCUCAAUUUCUGUAUGGUUUUAGUUCUGUUUCAUGAUCCGGACCUGCGCAGGUGCUUGGGUCCACCCAAAGCAAGUUUCUGGAUUCUAGUUUCUCAUUAUAUUCAAAAGUCAGCGAGUCAAGAUAAAGGAGAGGGUUUACUAAAUAUUGGCUGAAUUAUCAUUUUUGCAUUGCACAACUGUUGGUAAGCUGGUAACAGUUUCCGUCAAUGACCAGUUGUACACAAUGGCUCCUUAACUCAUGCUGAAAGCAGAUGCUCCCAACACGAUAUAAAUACUCGAAUGUUUUCAAAUACUCUUUGAAAAAGUGCUAUUUGUGUCCCAUUGUUUGAUCUUUGUCGAUUUUUUUGGGUCCUUUCUCGGUGGGCCUGGUGAUACGCAUCAAAAAUAAAUGUUCUAACCUUAUUUGACCAUAAUACGGCGUUUAACGUGAUUCCAAAUUUUACACUUUUGAAUUCUGUUCAUGUAAAACAUUUAAUUAGGAAGCCAACAAAUAACUCUGCAUUUUGCGUGUACAAGUCAUCGUACCCACUCAGCUUUGCUGUUUCAUUCGCUGAUUCAAAACACGUGUAACGAAGAAAGAGGUUUUUGGCGAGAAGGUGGAAACAGAGGUACUGCUGACUUAAACAAAGUAUGUCUUUAAUGUAUGCAUUAUUAUAUUUUUUCUAUCAAAAUUCUUUUCUAAGCACGACGAAUGCAUUUAUAUUUUUAAUGUACGUGACAUCUUCAUAAAUUUAUUUUGCUGUUUUAGGAUGAAGUAGCAUGAUGUCAAAGCGAAGGUUUGAGUUGGUGAAAGCUUCCACUUCUUUUGCCCAACGAGAAAUAGAUUGGGAUCUGUGUUUGAUUUGUCAGCUCAGCACUGAAGAAAAACUGCUAUGCCCUUUUAACAACAAGAAAAAAGACAAAGAUGCUGGCUAUAUAACUUUAGCUGGAGAUCUUCGAAAGUUAUCAGAGGCACUUCUAUUACCAAAUGGCCUCAAAAUAGAAAGGCUUCAAGCAACAUGCCAGUCCCUUGAAGAGUCGUUUAUUUCACAUGCUGCUAAGUUUCAUAAAUCAUGUAGAAAUAGUUGUGACAAGUAUCACUUCGAAAGAGCAGUAAAGAGAAGACAGCUUUCUGAAACUGAAAAGGACAAUAUAAACUCAUCCAGAGGAACAAGAUCAUUAUACCAAAGCGCUAACUUUUUGGAAUCAACGUGCUUCUUUUGUGAUGAAGUUGACAAGGAUAAGAAUCUCAGAACUGCUAGCACAUUGGGGCUAGAUCAGCGAAUACGUGCUGCUGCGACUCAGCUUCGUGAUGAAAAACUACUAGCAAAGCUAAGUCAAGGGGAUAUAGUUGCACUCGAGUCGAAAUACCACAGUAAAUGCCUGGUAAGGUUUUAUAACAGAUUGAGAGAAUUUAAGAAUAGCGAGAGCGAAACUGACAAGUCAAAGGCGUUAGUUUUCGGUAUAGCAUUAUCCGAGAUCGUUCAUUACAUAAUUCAAUGUAAAGAACUACCAGGAAGAUCGCCAGUAUUCAAGCUAAGUGACAUCAAAAGCCGCUAUAUUCAGACGAUUGUACAUUAUGGCGGUGAUCCAGAGAGUGUUCAUAGCACUAGACUUAAGGAGAAGCUCGUGAAUCACAUUCCAGGACUUCAAGCUUUAAAAAAAGGCAGAGAUGUUUUGUUAACCUUUGAAGAAAAUAGUGGCGAAGCUCUUUUUGAUGCUUGCUCAAAGGACUUAGAAAAUGAUGGCAUGGUUCUUGCUAAGGCAGCAGAUAUAGUAAGGAAAGAUAUUUUCUCCAGCUUUCCAGAAUUUGAAGGAAGUUUUGAUGCAGAUUAUGUGAAAUCGUCGGUACCAUCUAGUCUAGUGUACCUUGUUCGAAUGUUGCUUGAAGGGACAAACUGUCCUGCAGAUAAUGAAACGGUAGAAGACGCAGAUAUCUUCGCUCAGGAUAUUGCUCAGCUAAUACGAUACAACGCAACAAAACAGAAACGCGAUGGAGGAAACAGAAGGCACAAAUUGGAGCGUGAAACCCCGCUGCCAGUGUAUGUUGGCUUAAUGCUGCAUUCAAAAACUCGAAAAGCUGGUGUUAUUGAUAAGCUAGCUAGUUUUGGCUUGAGUAUUUCCUCUGACAGGAUAGAAAACAUUCAGACAUCGAUAACAGAAGUACUAUGCGAUAGAUACAAGAGGCAUGAUUUAGUGUGCCCACCUUGCUUGCAACAUGGCUUUUUUACCACAGCAGCGAUAGAUAAUAUUGACCAUAAUGCGACAUCAGCAACUGCAAGACGGCAUUUCCACGGUACCGGGAUCUCACUUUUCCAGCAUCCAGAUGAAGCAGCUCAGUGCAAACUUUCUCAGUAUAACCUUGAAAGUAGAGGUCGUCAUUCACAAAAUGCUGAACUGCCAGAGUACUACACUGACAUAUCUCCAGUAGCCGAGGUGAAACAAAGCUGUCCAGUAGCCCUAAUCAAUUCGACUGUAGGAAAUGUAUCGCACAUGCCGAUCAAAGAAAGUAAUAGUUGGCUUCAGAGAAUUGAAUUGCUUUCAAAAGAAGAGCAGUCAUUAGAUUUUUCAGCGAAAGUUUCCUGGUCAGCAUUCAAUGAAGAGACCACAAAUGCGAAGCCACGUCCAAAAUGCUUGUCAGCACUAAUGCCUCUGAUCGAUGAAAAUAUCAAUUCUUUUGCUAUGGUUAAGCAUACCAUGAAGAUAAUAAGGAAGGCAGUCGAUCAUCUCAACCCUGGCCAGAAACCAGUGAUAACUGCAGAUCAACCUGUCUAUGCACUUGGGAAACAGAUCCAAUGGCAGUUUCCAGAGUUAUUUGGCGAGGACAAGUUUAUAUUCAUGAUGGGAGGCCUACAUAUAGAGAUGGCAACACUUAACAUGAUUGGAGACUGGCUUGAAGGAAGUGAGUGGAGUGAGCUACUUGUAUCGGCACAGAUACACACGUCUGGUACUGCAGAUGCUCUCUUAUCAGCGGGACAUGUAAAAAAGUCAAGGUAUGCUCAUCAAGUGUCGUUAGCAGCCCUGCAUAUUCUUUUGAAAAAGGCAUUCAAUAAGGAAAUCGAAGAAAGAAUCGACCUCGAUUAUGACAAAUGGGUUAUGUACAAAAGAGAUCAGUCAGUGCAUUUUGAGUAUUGGUAUACAGUCCUCUAUCUACAAAGCUUGCUUUUACUGCUAGUCAAAAGUAUUCGGAUUGCUAAUUUUGACAUGUUCGUUGAUGCACUAGAGCAAGUCACACCUUGGAUGUUUGCUUUGGACCAUGUCCACUAUUCCCGUUGGCUUCCAGUUUUUAUCCAGAGCUUGAAAGACCUACCCUUUAGACACCCAGAAGUGCACAAGCAAUUCUUGAAAGGAAAAUUCACCGUACAAAAAUCAAAGAGAAAAUUCUCUUGCAUCGCAGAUGACCACGCCCACGAGCAAAACAAUAAAUUGAUAAAAGAUGAUGGCGGUGCAAUUGGUAUAUUGAAUAGCCCUAAGGCUCUUAUGAGGUGGAUGGUUGCAGGACCAGAAGUCGCUAGAAUGAUCUCAGAAUAUAAUGAGUCAGCUGAGAAUAAUUCAGAGUUUAAAAGUCAUCACGAAAAUACGGCAGCCUUUGAAAAGAGAUUUAGAAAGGAUGUUGUAGCCCUAGCAGAAGCAUUUGAACGAGAAGGCAACCCCUUUGAUGAAGAAAAUGAUAUACUUAUGAUGGUUAUCAGUAAGACAGUAAUGAAUGAAACGUCGAUUCAGUCAGUCCGGGAUGCAAAAAAGAAAGGUGAAAACCAGUACAAAGAUUUCGUAAAAGAGAGAAUAAUAAAAACAGAGAAAUCCAUACAUGACGUAAUAAAGAGAAACAAGCUGCCUCUUUUCAGACAAAAGAACUCAGUUGUUACUAGUAACAGCAAGCUACAAGUCACGUCACUUAAGCAGGACUGUAGUCUCUAUGCUUCCCUUUAUGUCGCAUGUCAGACGAGAGAAUGUGAUCUUGAUGAGUUCUUUUCACACGAGAACCAUUCGUAUCCACCUUCGUUGUCACAAUAUGGCAGAGUACGUCAAACAGCAAAAUCAGACUGCAUCAAAAUUUUUUCAAAAUACGCAGAGGUUCGGUACCAGGAGCCUGACAUAACUGCCCUUGUUAUCGAUGGAGCUGCAUUAGUGCAAAUGUUACCUCCCAGAGAAUCAACUACUUUUGGGGAUUAUUGCAGACAUGAAUUCUUUUCAAAAUUGCAUUCUAAAAUAAACCAAAGCUCAUUAGAACGCAUUGACGUGGUCUUCGACGUCUACAGAGAGAAAAGCAUCAAGGCACUUACCAGAGAAAAGAGGGGAACGGGAGCAAGGAUACGCGUCUCAGACAAAACACCCAUCACUCGUAAAUGGCAAAACUUCCUGCGAGUAAACGAGAACAAAUUAGAGUUGUUCCGACUUAUUGCCGGUAUAUGCUCGGCAGAAGCUGCACUGUAUAACUUACAGCUUGUCUUUGCAAACGACGAUGAUGCUACUAUAAACUGUAAAGAUGUUAACAAGGAGCAGCUUUCCCCGUGUAAUCACGAAGAAGCUGACACUAGAAUGUUUGUCCACUUGAAGAGCAUGUCCAGUUCCGGACAUGAAAGAGUCGCCAUCAAAACAGUGGACACUGAUGUUGUUAUAAUAGCUAUUGCAUUGUUCCGGCAGCUCAGUUUAGUACAUCUUUGGAUCGAGUUUGGGACAGGAAAAGACAGAAGGUGGUUACCCAUCCACGAUUACGCAAAUGCGCUAGAAGAAAGAGUUUGUUCUGGCCUCUUAUUUUGGUACGCUUUUACUGGUUGCGACACAGCUUCUUCAUUUUGUGGAAGAGGCAAACUCACUGCCUGGGACGUUUGGAAGGCUUUUCCUGAGGUAACAGAAACUUUCGUUUCUCUUUCAAAUGCUCCUGAUACAGUUACCAAUGAACAUAUGUCGUUGCUUCAGAGGUACGUGGUUUUGCUGUACGAUCGGUCUUCUCAGUGUCUUGCAGUGAAUGAAGCAAGGAGGUUUCUCUUUACAAAGAAAUCGAGGACAGUUGAAGGCAUACCACCAACUGAGGAUGCUUUGCAUCAGCAUGCACUUCGGUCAGCUUUUCAAGGAGGCCAUGUCUGGAGACAGUCCUUACAAUGUAUCCAAAACCUACCAGAUAUAACUGCAUGGGGAUGGAAAGAAGUGAAUGGCUCCAUUUUGCCAGUAUGGAUGAUAACCCCAGAGGCCUCAAAGUCCUUGAAAGAACUGAAGCAUUGUGCGUGCAAAAAGAACUGCCGUGGAAAAUGUAUGUGUCGAAAAUAUGACAUCCCUUGCUCCCCGUUAUGCAGUUGUGAUGGUCAGUGUUCAGAGAACUAAACGAACAGUUUACUGUAAAAGGUAUCCCCAUCAUAAAUCUACGGUAUAUGCUGAAAAUAGUUUAAGAGUUGCAGAGUUUGACCUGUGGUAGGUUAGGAAUAAUCCUAAUACAGGACAAUUACUUUCUUUAUGUUUUUACCGUAUAGAACGAGUCCAGGCCUGAGAACCGUUCAGGUUUGUUAUAAGAUAUUUUGUUUUAAACGUCCAAUUACUCCCGUUUUACAACUUGCAUGUUUCCACAUUUAAGAAUAGGAUCCAAUGGAAGACUGGGUAAAAAUACCCCAGUCUAAGGAAAUAUUUUUUGGGGGUUUUCAAUAUUUUAUCGCAUCUCAUCUUAUUCAGCAUGUCAAAUCACGUCAGAAAACUGAGUUUCAGGUUAAUGACUUGCAUAGUUUAAAAGAUAUGGAGGAAGACCAAAAAAGGACUGGGUACAGGUACCCCAGUCUAAAAAUAGCUUUUGGGGGCAUUUUUGAAGUGGGCUCUUAAUUUCAACUUAUUUAGCAUGUGAAAGUACUUCAGAAAACUAAAUUUCGAGUUUAUGACCUGCAUUGUUUAAAAGAUAUGGAGAGAGGCCAAAAAAGGACUGGGUACAGGUACCCCAGUCUAAAAAUAGUUUUGG